AUGUCGACCAGUGAAGCCCAACAAGAAGAACUGGAGGUGCUGAAGUCAAUCUAUGAUGGUGAUGAAGCAUUUAAACAGAUGAGUGACUCGGUCUUUCAUUAUAAGUAUGGAGAAGAUGGCAGCCAGAAGUCCUUCAUUGUUGAGAUUUCAUGGCCAAGCAGUUAUCCAGAGGAACUGCCCGUCAUUAACAUGGAACUUUUUUACAACAAACACGUGUUACCUCAAGUGAAAGAAGCUAUUAAGUCUGCACUACUGCAACAGGCUGGCGACCUUCUCGGCAUGUCCAUGACCUUCUCAUUAUUUGAAUGGGUCAAAGACAAUCUGGACAGCUUUCUCUCUGAUCAACCAGAGACACUGGUGCUGCCAUCUGUGAUGAAGGAGGAGGCUGUGGAAGAUCCCCUGGAGAAGAAGGAGAGAAAGGAGCAGCUGACAAAAUCUCAGAAGAGGAAGAUAUUUGAUCGGUUUGGUGCCACCACUGACCGGCCUCGAGGCUGGAACUGGGUUGAUAUCAUGAAACAUCUUGCACAGUCAGGCGGGCAGAAAAUAGAAUAG